GAGCCUUUUUGUACAAUUAGGGUUAAAAAAUGGGGGGAGAAAAACAAUGCGGCGCUUCAUUGAUCCCUUUGUGUAUAAAAGGUAUUCAGGUGAUGCUUCUGCAGCCUAACAGGAAAACAGCACACAAGGAUCAUUACGCAGCCUCAUCAUGGUGCAGAGAGUCGCAGUGAUCGGGGCCGGCCCCUCUGGUCUCACCAGCAUAAAGGCUUGUCUGGAUGAAGGCAUGGAGCCAACCUGCUUUGAAAGCAGCGAUGACAUGGGGGGGCUCUGGAAGUUCAAGGAAGUGUCUGAGCCCAACAGGGCUAGCAUCUAUCGCUCCCUCACCAUCAAUAUCUCUAAGGAGAUGAUGUGCUACAGCGACUUCCCCAUCCCUGCUGAUUAUCCCAACUACAUGCACCACUCUAAAAUCCUGAAGUACUUCAGGAUGUACGCAGAUCACUUUAAACUACUGCAGUACAUCCGCUUUCAGACAUCAGUGAAGAAAGUCACGCUGAGGCCGGACUUUCCUCGCACCGGUCAGUGGGAGGUGGUGACAGAGAACAAAGAGAGAUUAGAGGAGAGGCAUGUGUUUGAUGCAGUUAUCUGCUGCUCGGGUCAUUACACCUACCCUAACCUGCCUCUCAAAGACUUCCCAGGAAUUGAGACAUUUGAGGGGAAGUACCUCCACAGCUGGGACUACAAGGGACCUGAGGACAUGUAUGGGAAGACAGUGGUGGUCAUCGGCAUCGGUAACUCAGGAGGGGACAUCGCUGUGGAGAGCAGCAGAGUUGCAGAGCAGGUGUAUCUGAGCACCCGUCGGGGCGCCUGGGUCAUCCGUCAGGUUUCAGAUAACGGCCUGCCGGUAGACAUGAAGUACAACACCAGGUUCGUCCACAUCCUGUUCCAGCUGCUGCCCAUCAAUUUCUUCAACUGGUUUGGGGAGAAUAAGCUGAACGCCAUGUAUGACCACACCAUGUACGCCAUUAAGCCCAGACACAGGCUUUUCAGUAAGAUCCCAGUGAUCAACGACGACCUGCCUCUAAAGAUUCUUUCAGGAUCUGUCGUCAUCAAACCAAAUGUGAAGGAAAUUUGUGGUUCCACUGUGAUUUUUCAAGAUGGCAGCACAGUGGAAAAGGUGGACACAUUGGUGUUUGCAACAGGGUACAACUACGACUUCCCCUAUUUUCCAAAAAACCUUUUAUACAAGUCCGGCCACAGAGUGGGUCUGUACAAGCAUGUGUUCCCUCCAAACCUGGAGCAUCCUACUCUAGCUGUGGUGGGAUUCAUUCAUGCAUUGGGAGCCAUCAUGCCUCAAGCUGAAAUACAAGCUCGCUGGGUGGCACGUGUCUUCAGAGGACUCAAGAAGCUUCCCUCCAACCAAUCCAUGAUCAAAGCUGUUGAGAAGGACACUAAGAAUAUUGAGAACAACUAUAUUGUGUCGAAGUUGACCCCUCUGCAGGUGGACUUUGUGUCCUAUAUGGACGACAUCGCCGGAGAGAUCGGAGCGAGGCCCAGUCUACUCUGGCUCUUUUUCACAGACUACCAGCUGUUCAAACAUGUUCUCUGGGGUCCUGUGUCCUCCUACCAGUACCGGCUGAUGGGACCGGGAAAAUGGGAGGGGGCCCGCAAAGCGAUUCUCACUCAGUUUGACCGCAUGUACAAGCCCCUAAAAACCAGAAAGCUGGAGGAGAAGGAAUCCUCAGUUACUGGCCGCCUGGUUAAGCUGAGCCUCUUGAUCCUGGGUGGAGGGGGCGCCGUAUACUACUUCCACACACAUAACCCAGAGACCAUACCCAGCCUCCUGUCCAAACUCCGUCCACAGACAGUCUGAGCAAUGACCACAAGAACUCUGGAUCACAUGUUUUAUCAUGCAUUAGGUCAUAGAACAGGAUUGUGGCGAUUGCUGAUUAGAUCAGAUGUCUGCAAACUGUGGCUCCUGAGCCGCAGGUUGAACAACUAAAGCUAAAAAUUUUAAAGAAUUAAUAGUAGUUUUAAAUAUAGAAAAUAUAUAACAUUUGCAAGGUUAUGCAUGUUUUUUCAUGGAAUAAUUGGUUAAAAUAUUCAGGAAUAAACACAAUAAAAGUACCUAUAAUAUAUUGUUUUUGUUAUCAUCUUAAAACAUAGUUUUUUUAUUAUAAAUGUGCAAAAAUAUAAUAUCUUAUAUAAAAAAUGUAAACGUAAUUAUUUUCAAAUUUAAAAUAGAAAUAAAAUGAUGUUUCUUUAUAAAAGACAACACAUUUUCUGCAGUAGAAAUCUAGCAAAAAUCGCGAGGUUUUGUUUUUAAAAAGGUCAAGUUGCGGCUCUAAAGUUUGACUUUGCUUUGAAUUGUAAAGGUUGCAGACCGCUGGUUUAGAUAAACACAGCAGCUGAUUGGGAGCAGUAAUGUGUUUGUAUUUUCAUCUACUUUAAGGUGAACUCUGUGAUUAACCUGAUUUCACCGUCUCAAACAAACAUCCCAUUGGCUGUAACUGUAAACCAUAAGCUUAAACAUGUAAGUUUGAAUAUUUCAUUUUUAUUUUCUAUUCCGAAUAAAAAAAACAACAAGAAAAAAGCAAUUUUGUAUAUCUAUUCUCUCGUCGCUUUUGUUUUUAUUAAAAUUUCCAAAUUAGAUGAAGACUUUCUUUACUUAAAAUCUAAAAAGUCUUUUAGUCUUUUUCUUUUUAAAAUUAAAAAACACAGAAUUCUCAGCUCACAGCAUAAAAAUAAAAUCCUUAUUUAAAAAGACAUAAAACGGACCCAGUGAUAGAGAUUCUGGCAGCAUGUAUUCCAUACAGGCUCCCAGGACCUAUGAGAAAGAAGCAGGCCCUCAGCAUCACAGAUUCGCCUCCGUGCUUAAUAAUAAAUUUUCAGAUCACAGGUUCUUCCUUGUUUUCAAAAACAGUGAGGUCAUUGUCCAUUUUAUUUUGCUUUGUAUGUUAAGUAUUUUAGUGUAUUUUAUUCAUAGAGCUGUAGUCCUUUUUUAAUUAUGGGUCCCAAGGAAACUUUGUUAGUCAUAGGAGACUCUUAGAAACAGGGGGGUCUUUACCAUUAGCCUCUUACACCCUCAGGGGGUAUAAAUACAUUUCUGCCUGACAAAAACACACAAAAGUAAAUCACUUAUAGCCUCACAGCUAUUA